AUGGUUGUCCCGGUAUUUGAUUCUUUGUCGCCUCUUUAUUUCGUAGGAUUGGUUUCACAGAAUACAGAUUUCACUGAACAUUUCUACGAUGUUGCCGUCGAUACGAACCUGCUUACGCGUUUCAUCUGUAAUGUUAGUGAUGGAGAACAAUUGUUUUACCCAUCCGCUCUAGAGGUUUUCCUUAUCACCGAUUCGAAAAAGUGUUACCACUUCUCACUUCCUAGCUUCCCUAACCAGAUACGCUACGGAAAUGCGCCAAGGAGCCAUUCUGGCAUGCCGAAGGAUCUCAGCUAUCCACCAGCUACUGUGAGUGAUGUACUCAAGAUGCUGUUAUAUAUCCAGGACUCUUCCAUCAUCGAUAACAUUAAGGAUCAGAUGCAUGGCUUCUUAUGCAUGAGUAGGAGUGACACGCGGGAUGUGUACGAAAUGUGGUGCGCCGGCGGAGGACAGGUAAUUGAACAAUAA